CAGCCGCCAAUCGAACCUUCAAUUUUGACAGGCAUUCUGCUUCCUACAUCGCUCAGCGCCUCUGUGCGACCUUCACAACGUCUCCCUAACCAACAAGACGCAGUCUCGCCAUGCUACCCUUGAGGGACCAGAAAACGGUGUACCAGACACCAAAAUGCUACUUCAGCUACGGGAUGAUGCCGCAUGUCGAUACGAAGCAGCCCCCGUCAAAGGGAAAGCCAUGGACGGCGCUGGCGGCUAGGGACUUUAUACACCAGGUCGAUCUUGUUCUACCGCAGGAUGCUUUCAAGGCAUUCAAGGAGCAAGCCCUCGAUGGGAAGCAAUCGCCUCAGUUCAAGCGGGUGGUCAUGACGCUUGGCCAGGUGAUCGAGAAGGAUUUCUUGGUUAGGUAUAUCAAGACCGGUAACAUCUUGAUGUUGUCAGAAGGUAGACCGGGUCAGGAUAACGUCUUCACCAUCAAAGCAGGCAAGCUCACCAUGUUCCUCGACAAGGAGACAUAUGAACGCGCCGGUAUGGUGGGUGAGACUCAUGGUGUCAAGGGUGACAGGUGCUCCAAGCCAAGAUGGAUUGUCGAAUACGACCUCUGCGCACCAUACGCCUUCCCGGGGAAGAAGGGAUUCGACAGGCUUGUAUACGCCACCAAGAACGCGAUCAACUUCCCAGUGGCCUGGCUAUUUUGUAAUCUAUCAAAAACCCCUGACCCUGAUCCUCUGGCUGCCCAUUUCCCCACCACAUUCACCUCGUCGCCGGGCAUAGUCCAGUCGAUUUCAGCGCUCGUCCCCUCGCUCAAACCAAGCCCGGACACAUCGGCUCUGGGUGAUAGGGAAGAGUCCGAGCGGUUCGCAACAGAGACGUACGAGUGGCUGUCGUUGAUCCGCCUGUGUAGCCCUCGCGUCGCGCCCGACGACGACGUAGACCCGUACCUGAGCCUGUACCGCGUCCCGGACGACAACCUGCCUGAAGGCACCAAGGCAGACACCCUCUGUAAGCUGACGUGGCGCGGCCUGCUCCCCGCCGAGUGGGCGCGAGGCCUCUUCAUCGACGCGCUCUCAGCCGUGCCGUCCCGCGCCUGGUUCGCGCUCAGCCUCGGCGCAUUCGACGCUUCCUCCAGGGGCCUAGCCAACGGCGGACCCGAGCUGACCGUUAUGCGCCCGCCUGGAGCCCCUGGGGAGUAUCUGCAAUGGGAAGUCAAGAGCCACGAGUGAAUGGGUCACCGGAAACUUUUGGCUCCCCGUUCGGACGUUCCUUUUUCUGCGGGAUUAUCUCCAGUCCGUUUGGCUCCCUACUUUAUACCCCCUUUUUGGUAUUCGCAACGUCCAUCAAUGAGAGCCCUGACCUAGACGGCUUGACCA